GAGAGCGCGGAGUCGGGGAUGUCCUACAAGCCUAUCGCGCCUGCCCCCACCAGCUCAGGAGCCGCCGGCACCAGCAGCAGUAGCGCCAGUCCCGCCCCCGGAGCCCCGCCGGUCGCUACCAGUGUUCCAUCGCCAUCUGGUUCUGUCCCUGGAGCAUCUGCCCCCUUUCGACCUCUCUUCAACGAUUUUGGGCCCCCAUCUAUGGGCUACGUGCAGGCUAUGAAGCCACCAGGUGCCCAAGGCUCCCAGAGCACAUAUACAGAUUUGCUUUCUGUAAUUGAAGAGAUGGGCAAAGAGAUCCGACCUACAUACGCAGGCAGCAAGAGUGCUAUGGAACGACUGAAGCGAGGCAUUAUUCAUGCCCGGGCGCUAGUAAGAGAGUGUCUGGCAGAGACAGAGCGCAAUGCCCGCACGUAACACUCGCUUCCUCCUGGCACCACCCUUGGAGGAUCCUAGCACUUUCCAGCUAAUCAACAUUUUAGAAUCUGGAGUUUUCCCCUUCCUUUCAAAUCUUUCUACCAAUCAGUGUCUCAAGUCUUAGAACUGUGAUCGCCUUCAAAGACCUUUAUCCCAAUUGGCACCUAAGAAUCUGAAGUAUCUCCAUUUGCAUCACAGAACUUCCCGUCAAUUGGCAUUCUGGGAAAUAUAUACAGAAAGCGUUCAUUGUGCAUAUCCUUGGUUUACUAGUCGAAAUAAUUGCUGGUGACGAGUUCUAUAUCUUUAUAAAAUACAUGGGGUUUUUGAAUAAAUAAAAAUCUUUAGAAUUUGGAUUAUCUCUUCUUCACUGUGCUUUUCUAUUUUUUUUAUGUGGUGAGGGAAAUAUUCUCUACCUCGCUAAAAUAUUCCUGAAGGGCAUGUAUUGCAAGAUAUGCUUCCUUAGUAAAGCAGUAUGAAGCCCUCUCUUCCUCUUGCAACAAGAGUCUCAACCAGUGAUCACUGAGCCUGUAUUGGAAAACUUGUAAUAAAAUGUUUCUACUCCUG